AUGGGCUGCUUUUCUGGGCGCCCGACGACCUCAGGUAGCGAUCAGAAGCCAUUAAAUUUUCAUAACAUUUUGAUUUUUUCAUCAGUUGGAACAGGGUCUUUUGGUUGGGAAGUUGGAGCUGGAAGAGACAAUGCUGCAUCUGCUUUUGGACCACCUGGUUCGAGUUCAUUUGGUGACAGCAGCUUUAGUAGCAAAACAGUUGAAGGUGAUCAAGUGGCUAGGUCUGGAAGAUCCAUUUCCAGUGAUCUAGGUGACACCAGUUUGAGAAGUGCUAGUACCUAUGUUGGUGAUAGCUCUGAAAAUCUGGAAUCCACUUUAGGGUCUUCUGGUCAACAGGGAUUGGAAAUCAGUGAACUUGGAGGGGAUGGCUUGAGUGGCAAUGCAUCUGUUGAGGACGAACGCAAAGGCUUUGGCUCUGAUGCCAGUAGUUCAGGUAUCCUCUCAGCCUCCUUCCUGAGAAAUCCAGUUGACAUUGGGGCUGAAUAUUUUAGUGGCAUUUCUGAAGAUUCAGGAUUUGGUUUGGAGUCAUCUGACCAGUAGGGAUUUGGAGUCAGUAUUGGUGGGAAUGGAAAGAGUAGUGGUGGAUCUGCUGGGGCUGAAUACUUGAGUCCUGGAUCUGAAGUCAUUGGCUCAGGAGGAAACGUUUGGUCUUCUAAUUCUGGAAGUGGUGAAGGAAACAAGGGUACCACAAGUUCAUCUGACUACAGUACGUCUGGAUCACUCAGCACUCCAGAAAAAGGAUCCCAUAUUCCAGAAGCAACGCCGAAAUACUCAGAAACAAACGCAAUUAUUGGUGAAGCUUCUACUUGGGGCAAAGGAGCAUAUAAAGCUUUCAACGGUCGUGUUUUUUCCUUUGAGUCUUCAUGCACAUAUACUUUCUGCCGUCACUGUGUUGAAUCGGGAGGAGAUUUCAAUAUUGAGAUCAAACGAAACAAUGACAGUGAGAUUGAAAAAAUAACAGUUAUAAUUGACAACAAUGAUGUCUCUAUCUUUGGUGAUAUACUUUUAGUUAAUGGUGAAAGUGUGCAGAUACCAUAUAACAAUAAGUUGAUUCACAUAAAAAAAUAUGGAGAACAUAAUGUUCUGAAUAGUCGUAGAGGAAUCCUGUCUUUAAUGUGGGACAAAAACAACAAACUCUCACUCACUCUUCACAAGCAGUAUCCAACUUGUGGUCUUUGUGGUAACUUCAACAGCACUCCAGGAGAUGAUAUCAGUGAGCACAUUGCCGAUAGUAAAAUUCCUGGUGAUUGUUCCAAAGCUGUUAGUAAAAGCUAUGAAGUUUGUGAAGAUGGAGUACAGUACUGUAACAAAAUUAUUGGAACCUAUUUUGAGAAAUGUGGAAAGGUUAGCACUUUAUCCAGUGACUACAAAAUGAUCUGCAUUGAUGAGUAUUGCCAAAGUAGAGACAAAACAUCCACAUGUGACACUUUCUCAGAAUUGUCCCGCCUCUGCGCCUCGGAUGGUCCUGGCAUCUUUGAAUCCUGGAGAAAUGAUCCUGAUGUGGUUUGUGAAAAACCUAUUUGCCCAGAAAGACAUAUCUACAAAGAAUGUGGUCCCUCAAAUCCUGCAACUUGUUCUAAUGUGGCUCCUUUUCAAGACAUUGAAUGUGUGAGUGGUUGCACCUGCCCAGAAGGUUAUCUAUUGGAUGAUAUUGGAGAGAAAGGGAGAUGUGUGUUGAAGUCUGACUGUCCCUGUGAAUCUGGUGGAAAGGUAUAUCAGUCAGGAGAAGUCCGCGAAGGUUCUUGUGGUUCUCUGUGCACAUGCCAAGAAGCAAAGUGGUCUUGCACUAAAACAUUAUGUCCUGGGAGAUGUAAGAUAGAAGGAAGUUUGAUUACCACCUUUGAUGGCGUUAAAUACAACCAUCCUGGAAACUGUCACUUUUUGGCCAUCCAUGAUAAAGAUUGGUCUAUUAGUGUUGAGCUUCGUCCAUGUCCAAGUGGUCAGUCAGGAACAUGCUUAAAUAGUGUUACACUCCUCUUGAAUUCGUCUGCUCAAGUUGACAAAUACGUGUUCAAUAGAGAUGGAACAGUCACAAAUGACAAGUUUGGAAAUCAAGGUUAUUAUUAUUCAGACCAAAUACAGAUCUUCAAUGCAUCUUCCUCAUACCUUCAAGCAGAAACAUACUUUCAUGGAAAAAUGCAAAUUCAAAUUUUUCCUGUGAUGCAAUUGUAUGUUUCUGUGCCACCUAACCAAUUCACAGAUACUGUAGGGCUCUGUGGUUCCCACAACAACAGAGCAGAGGAUGAUUUCAUGUCAAGUCAGAACAUAUUAGAAAAGACCUCUCAGGCAUUUGCUAGUUCUUGGGAAAUGAUGCCCUGUCCUAAAGCUAGCACUGCUUCAUGCAUCAGUAUAGAAAAAGAACGGUUUGCUGAAAGGCACUGUGGAAUUCUUCUUGAUUUGACUGGUCCUUUUGCUUCUUGCCAUUCAAUUGUGGACCCUAAACCAUAUCAUGAGGAAUGCAAAAAAUACACUUGUACUUGUGAAAAUAGCCAAGAUUGCCUGUGUACAAUUUUAGGCAACUAUGUGAAAGCAUGUGCUGAGAAGGAAACUUCCAUGGUAGGAUGGAGAACUGGGCUAUGUGAUCAAUCUUGUCCUAGUGGCCUAGUUUUCAAGUACAAUGUAAAAACCUGCAAUAGUUCUUGCCGAUCAUUGUCAGAGAGAGAUAAGAGCUGUGAUAUGGAAGGCAUUCCAGUUGAUGGAUGCACUUGCCCUGAUGAAAUGUACAAGAAUAAUGAAGGAAAUUGUGUUUCAAAAUCUCAGUGUGACUGCUACAUAAAUGAUGAGGUCGUGCAACCAGGCAAACUCAUCCAUAUUGAUGACAACAAAUGUGUCUGUAGAGAUGGGAUUCUUCUUUGCCAGACUCCCAUUGAUUUAACACUACAGAAUUGUUCUGGAGGGGCUGAAUAUGUUGACUGUAGGAAUCCUAAGGCACAGAGGAGAGUUGAUAGUACAUGUAGCACUCGGAACAUACCUACUUUUGAUGACAACUUGCCUUGCAAACGUGGGUGCUACUGUCCUGAAGGAAUGGUUCGAAAUUCUAAAGGGAACUGUGUCUUUCCUGAUGACUGCCCAUGCUCUUUUGGUGGACGAGAGUAUGACCAAGGAAGUGUCACCUCAGUCGGCUGCAACAAAUGUACUUGCAUAAAAGGAUCUUGGAACUGUACACAAAAUGAAUGUCAAACCACCUGUCAUAUCUAUGGGGACGGUCAUGUUAGAACUUUUGAUGGAAAAAGUUACAGCUUUGAUGGUCUUUGCCAGUAUGCACUUAUCGAGGAUUAUUGUGGUCGUGAAAAUGGCACAUUCCGUAUUUUAACUGAAAGCGUCCCGUGCUGUGAGGAUGGACUUACAUGCUCGAGAAAAAUUAUAGUUGCUUUUCAGGAUCAAAAUAUUGUGUUGCAUGAUGGUAAAGUUACAGCAGUCAAAACUACAGAAAGUAAGGAAUGUGAACUCAAUGGAAAUUCAUACUCUGUUCAUACCGUUGGCCUGUACUUGAUUCUGAAAUUUUUAAACGGAAUAACCGUAAUUUGGGACAAAAAUACAAGAAUUUCUGUUAUACUGGAUCCACGCUGGAAUGGUCAGGUGUGCGGUCUCUGUGGAAAUAACAAUGGUGAUCUGAAGGAUGAUUUCACCACAAGAUACUCCUCAGUAGCUGCUGGAACACUGGAGUUUGGAAAUAGUUGGAAAACAAGUCAAGAAUGUUCAGACACAGUUGCUCAAACCUUCCCAUGUGACUCAAAUCCAUACUGUAAAGCCUGGGCCGUGCGGAAGUGUGAGAUCAUUCGGGACAGCACCUUCAGAGAGUGCCACAAUAAGGUGGACCCCAGUGAGUACUAUGAUGCGUGUAUUGAGGAGGCCUGCGCCUGUGACAUGGAGGGGAAGUACCUGGGAUUCUGCACGGCGGUGGCGAUGUACGCAGAGGCCUGCAGCGCAGUUGGAGUCUGUGUCACGUGGAGAAAACCAGACCUCUGUCCUGUCUACUGUGAUUAUUAUAAUGCACCUGGGGAAUUCAGCUGGCAUUAUGAACCCUGUGGCACAGUGACUGCCAAAACAUGCAAAGAUCGAGUAAUUGGCCAGAAAUUUUCUGCACUUUUAGAAGGCUGUUAUGCCAAAUGCCCGGACAGUGCUCCCUACCUGGAUGAGAAUACUAUGAAGUGCGUCAGUUUGUCUGAGUGCAGCUGCUUCUAUAAUGACAUCGUACCAGCCGGUGGAGUGAUUCAAGAUAACUGUGGGAGAACAUGCUAUUGCAUCGCAGGAGAAUUGGAGUGCAGUGAAACUGCUCCUACAAAUUCAACAUAUACAGUUUCUACUACAACAGCUACCUCCAUACUAAGCACCGAAGCAGCAAUUACACUGGUCACCAAUAGCUCAGGCACAGUAGCUUCCAUUCCAGGGAUUACAUCAAGCAGUGAAAUAACAGGAACAACUCUGAGUUUCCUCAGUGAAACUUUUACCACAGGUGUUACAAGAACUCCAGUUCCCAUCACCUCCACAGCUGGAAGUGUGGGCACCACAGAACCAGUGGGCCCCCCCUUCACCAGUUCUGGGCGCAUAUCAGGGUCAACUGGAGUGUCAGUAAGUGCGAUCACAGAAACUGAAGAUAGAAGCACAGGUGACACGGACUUCAGAAUAGGAGGAACAGGAGGUCCUACUGCACCAAUAAGAGGUGAGGAAGAUGGCACGCCUGGGCAACCAAUCACAGGAGCGACAAGCCCGGGAGAAUCAGGGACCCCAAGAACUUCAGAAAUCUUCACAACCACACCUGGGAGCAAGAGCACAAAUGUAGACUUACCUAUCCCAGACACAACCCCUGGAGGCCAACCAGGUAUGGAAAUGGGCAACAUUGACAGUCAUCUGAGGCGUCUUCUUACUGACCUUAAGGAAGUCACCAGCACUUCUGAAUUAUUCCUUACUAAGACUACCAGAUCAUCAGCUGGUCAAACAACUGGAGAACCAAGCAGUGAAGUGACAGCAUCUGAAGGAGUAACAGUAGAAUUUGUUGGGACUACCACUUGAACUAGCAGUGGCAUCACAGCUAAACCAUCUUUCUCUGGUUCCAGCCCAGCUGGCAGUUCAGAGGCAAGGUGCAGGACACCCGGACACUUUGGUGGUGCUCCAUCAAGAGCUUCGCUGAGACUCUCAGCUGAUUCCUUCCUCAGAAGGAAUUUAUGUGAAUUGAGUACAACUGGAGGUGAAAAUGCUGCCACCACUGAAGCUGCUCGUGAUAAUACUUCUGGAGGAACAGGGAUAACUGGAAAAUCUCUUAAAACAACAGACAGCAGUUCAACAGUACCCAGAGGAUCAGAAACAAUUCAACCACCUGGUGUGGUUUCAGAGCCCACCACCCUAUUGCCUGGGGUUACAAGCACCAAGGCCACAGGAUCCGAGGCCAGUUUACCUUCAACUGGAGUGUCAGGGUUGCCUGGCUCCACCCAAGGAGGAUUUGCAGCAACUGGAGGGAGUGGUGCAGGCUCAAAGCCUACUGCCCCGGUAUCAGGAGAAACAAGGGCCAGUGUUGGGUCAGGAACCAGCGUACCUGUAUCUGGAGCAGCAGUGACCCCUGGGUCAUCACCGGGAAGUCCGCAAGCAGCUAGAGCACGUGGUGAAGGUUCAGCGACAGCUUCCCCAUCAUCUGGAGCCACAGGGACAAAUGUUAUCGGAUCAGGAGCCAGCACACCUUUGUCUGGAGCGCCUGUGACCCCUGCGUCAGCCAGUGUAAGCCCAGAAGCCACGGGAAGGCCUCCUGUAAGUUCAGAGUCAACGGUCACACUGUCUGGAGCAACAGGGCCUAGUUUUCUAAGGUCUGGAACCAGUGUACCUUCACCUGGAGGAGCAGUGACCCCUGGGUCAUCCCCAGGAGGGUCAUCAGCACCUGCAAGCCCUGGGGCAGGCUCAGAAACAACUGUCCGAGUCCCUGGAGCAAGCGGGACUGAUGUCACAGCAUCAGGAGCCAGCUUACCCUCAUCUGGAGCACCGGGGAGCCCUGGAUCAUCACCAGGAAGGUCAAGCGCAACUGCAGUAUCUGGUGAAGGGUCUCAGCCCACUGUCCCAUCGUCUGGAGCAACAGGGACUAAUGCCGGACAAUCAGGCACCCGUUUCCCCUCAUCUGGAAUACCAGCCACAGCUGGAUCCACCACAGGAGGGUCAGCAGUAGCUGGGACACCUGGUGUAGAUUCCCAGCAAACUGCCACACCGUCGGGCGCUGCGAGGACGACUGCUGGCAGAUUCGGAACCGGCCUGCCUCCGGAUCAGACAUCGGAGAGCAGUUCAUCAGUGCCCGGGGGAUCAGAAACAAUUCAACCACCUGGUGUGGUUUCAGAGCCCACCACCCUAUUGCCUGGGGUUACAAGCACCAAGGCCACAGGAUCCGAGGCCAGUUUACCUUCAUCUGGAGUGUCAGGGUUGCCUGGCUCCACCCAAGGAGGAUUUGCAGCAACUGGAGGGAGUGGUGCAGGCUCAAAGCCUACUGCCCCGGUAUCAGGAGAAACAAGGGCCAGUGUUGGGUCAGGAACCAGCGUACCUGUAUCUGGAGCAGCAGUGACCGCUGGGUCAUCACCGGGAAGUCCCCAAGCAGCUGGAGCACGUGGUGAAGGUUCAGCGACAGCUUCCCCAUCGUCUGGAGCCACAGGGACAAAUGUUAUCGGAUCAGGAGCCAGCACACCUUUAUCUGGAGCGCCUGUGACCCCUGCGUCAGCCAGUGUAAGCCCAGAAGCCACGGGAAGGCCUCCUGUAAGUUCAGAGUCAACGGUCACACUGUCUGGAGCAACAGGGCCUAGCUUUCUAAGGUCUGGAACCAGUGUACCUUCACCUGGAGGAGCAGUGACCCCUGGGUCAUCCCCAGGAGGGUCAUCAGCACCUGCAAGCCCUGGGGCAGGCUCAGAAACAACUGUCCGAGUCCCUGGAGCAAGCGGGACUGAUGUCACAGCAUCAGGAGCCAGCUUACCCUCAUCUGGAGCACCAGGGAGCCCUGGAUCAUCACCAGGAAGGUCAAGCGCAACUGCAGUAUCUGGUGAAGGGUCUCAGCCCACUGUCCCAUUGUCUGGAGCAACAGGGACUAAUGCCGGACAAUCAGGCACCCGUUUCCCCUCAUCUGGAAUACCAGCCACAGCUGGAUCCACCACAGGAGGGUCAGCAGUAGCUGGGACACCUGGUGUAGAUUCCCAGCAAACUGCCACACCGUCGGGCGCUGCGAGGACGACUGCUGGCGGAUUCGGAACCGGCCUGCCUCCGGGUCAGACAUCGGAGAGCAGUUCAUCAGUGCCCGGGGGAUCAGAAACAAUUCAACCACCUGGUGUGGUUGCAGAGCCCACCACCCUAUUGCCUGGGGUUACAAGCACCAAGGCCACAGGAUCCGAGGCCAGUUUACCUUCAACUGGAGUGUCAGGGUUGCCUGGCUCCACCCAAGGAGGAUUUGCAGCAACUGGAGGGAGUGGUGCAGGCUCAAAGCCUACUGCCCCGGUAUCAGGAGAAACAAGGGCCAGUGUUGGGUCAGGAACCAGCGUACCUGUAUCUGGAGCAGCAGUGACCCCUGGGUCAUCACCGGGAAGUCCGCAAGCAGCUGGAGCACGUGGUGAAGGUUCAGCGACAGCUUCCCCAUCGUCUGGAGCCACAGGGACAAAUGUUAUCGGAUCAGGAGCCAGCACACCUUUAUCUGGAGCGCCUGUGACCCCUGCGUCAGCCAGUGUAAGCCCAGAAGCCACGGGAAGGCCUCCUGUAAGUUCAGAGUCAACGGUCACACUGUCUGGAGCAACAGGGCCUAGUUUUCUAAGGUCUGGAACCAGUGUACCUUCACCUGGAGGAGCAGUGACCCCUGGGUCAUCCCCAGGAGGGUCAUCAGCACCUGCAAGCCCUGGGGCAGGCUCAGAAACAACUGUCCGAGUCCCUGGAGCAAGCGGGACUGAUGUCACAGCAUCAGGAGCCAGCUUACCCUCAUCUGGAGCACCGGGGAGCCCUGGAUCAUCACCAGGAAGGUCAAGCGCAACUGCAGUAUCUGGUGAAGGGUCUCAGCCCACUGUCCCAUCGUCUGGAGCAACAGGGACUAAUGCCGGACAAUCAGGCACCCGUUUCCCCUCAUCUGGAAUACCAGCCACAGCUGGAUCCACCACAGGAGGGUCAGCAGUAGCUGGGACACCUGGUGUAGAUUCCCAGCAAACUGCCACACCGUCGGGCGCUGCGAGGACGACUGCUGGCGGAUUCGGAACCGGCCUGCCUCCGGGUCAGACAUCGGAGAGCAGUUCAUCAGUGCCCGGGGGAUCAGAAACAAUUCAACCACCUGGUGUGGUUUCAGAGCCCACCACCCUAUUGCCUGGGGUUACAAGCACCAAGGCCACAGGAUCCGAGGCCAGUUUACCUUCAACUGGAGUGUCAGGGUUGCCUGGCUCCACCCAAGGAGGAUUUGCAGCAACUGGAGGGAGUGGUGCAGGCUCAAAGCCUACUGCCCCGGUAUCAGGAGAAACAAGGGCCAGUGUUGGGUCAGGAACCAGCGUACCUGUAUCUGGAGCAGCAGUGACCCCUGGGUCAUCACCGGGAAGUCCGCAAGCAGCUGGAGCACGUGGUGAAGGUUCAGCGACAGCUUCCCCAUCGUCUGGAGCCACAGGGACAAAUGUUAUCGGAUCAGGAGCCAGCACACCUUUAUCUGGAGCGCCUGUGACCCCUGCGUCAGCCAGUGUAAGCCCAGAAGCCACGGGAAGGCCUCCUGUAAGUUCAGAGUCAACGGUCACACUGUCUGGAGCAACAGGGCCUAGUUUUCUAAGGUCUGGAACCAGUGUACCUUCACCUGGAGGAGCAGUGACCCCUGGGUCAUCCCCAGGAGGGUCAUCAGCACCUGCAAGCCCUGGGGCAGGCUCAGAAACAACUGUCCGAGUCCCUGGAGCAAGCGGGACUGAUGUCACAGCAUCAGGAGCCAGCUUACCCUCAUCUGGAGCACCGGGGAGCCCUGGAUCAUCACCAGGAAGGUCAAGCGCAACUGCAGUAUCUGGUGAAGGGUCUCAGCCCACUGUCCCAUCGUCUGGAGCAACAGGGACUAAUGCCGGACAAUCAGGCACCCGUUUCCCCUCAUCUGGAAUACCAGCCACAGCUGGAUCCACCACAGGAGGGUCAGCAGUAGCUGGGACACCUGGUGUAGAUUCCCAGCAAACUGCCACACCGUCGGGCGCUGCGAGGACGACUGCUGGCGGAUUCGGAACCGGCCUGCCUCCGGGUCAGACAUCGGAGAGCAGUUCAUCAGUGCCCGGGGGAUCAGAAACAAUUCAACCACCUGGUGUGGUUUCAGAGCCCACCACCCUAUUGCCUGGGGUUACAAGCACCAAGGCCACAGGAUCCGAGGCCAGUUUACCUUCAACUGGAGUGUCAGGGUUGCCUGGCUCCACCCAAGGAGGAUUUGCAGCAACUGGAGGGAGUGGUGCAGGCUCAAAGCCUACUGCCCCGGUAUCAGGAGAAACAAGGGCCAGUGUUGGGUCAGGAACCAGCGUACCUGUAUCUGGAGCAGCAGUGACCCCUGGGUCAUCACCGGGAAGUCCGCAAGCAGCUGGAGCACGUGGUGAAGGUUCAGCGACAGCUUCCCCAUCGUCUGGAGCCACAGGGACAAAUGUUAUCGGAUCAGGAGCCAGCACACCUUUAUCUGGAGCGCCUGUGACCCCUGCGUCAGCCAGUGUAAGCCCAGAAGCCACGGGAAGGCCUCCUGUAAGUUCAGAGUCAACGGUCACACUGUCUGGAGCAACAGGGCCUAGUUUUCUAAGGUCUGGAACCAGUGUACCUUCACCUGGAGGAGCAGUGACCCCUGGGUCAUCCCCAGGAGGGUCAUCAGCACCUGCAAGCCCUGGGGCAGGCUCAGAAACAACUGUCCGAGUCCCUGGAGCAAGCGGGACUGAUGUCACAGCAUCAGGAGCCAGCUUACCCUCAUCUGGAGCACCAGGGAGCCCUGGAUCAUCACCAGGAAGGUCAAGCGCAACUGCAGUAUCUGGUGAAGGGUCUCAGCCCACUGUCCCAUCGUCUGGAGCAACAGGGACUAAUGCCGGACAAUCAGGCACCCGUUUCCCCUCAUCUGGAAUACCAGCCACAGCUGGAUCCACCACAGGAGGGUCAGCAGUAGCUGGGACACCUGGUGUAGAUUCCCAGCAAACUGCCACACCGUCGGGCGCUGCGAGGACGACUGCUGGCGGAUUCGGAACCGGCCUGCCUCCGGGUCAGACAUCGGAGAGCAGUUCAUCAGUGCCCGGGGGAUCAGAAACAAUUCAACCACCUGGUGUGGUUUCAGAGCCCACCACCCUAUUGCCUGGGGUUACAAGCACCAAGGCCACAGGAUCCGAGGCCAGUUUACCUUCAACUGGAGUGUCAGGGUUGCCUGGCUCCACCCAAGGAGGAUUUGCAGCAACUGGAGGGAGUGGUGCAGGCUCAAAGCCUACUGCCCCGGUAUCAGGAGAAACAAGGGCCAGUGUUGGGUCAGGAACCAGCGUACCUGUAUCUGGAGCAGCAGUGACCCCUGGGUCAUCACCGGGAAGUCCGCAAGCAGCUGGAGCACGUGGUGAAGGUUCAGCGACAGCUUCCCCAUCGUCUGGAGCCACAGGGACAAAUGUUAUCGGAUCAGGAGCCAGCACACCUUUAUCUGGAGCGCCUGUGACCCCUGCGUCAGCCAGUGUAAGCCCAGAAGCCAUGGGAAGGCCUCCUGUAAGUUCAGAGUCAACGGUCACACUGUCUGGAGCAACAGGGCCUAGUUUUCUAAGGUCUGGAACCAGUGUACCUUCACCUGGAGGAGCAGUGACCCCUGGGUCAUCCCCAGGAGGGUCAUCAGCACCUGCAAGCCCUGGGGCAGGCUCAGAAACAACUGUCCAAGUCCCUGGAGCAAGCGGGACUGAUGUCACAGCAUCAGGAGCCAGCUUACCCUCAUCUGGAAGACCGGGGAGCCCUGGAUCAUCACCAGGAAGGUCAAGCGCAACUGCAGUAUCUGGUGAAGGGUCUCAGCCCACUGUCCCAUCGUCUGGAGCAACAGGGACUAAUGCCGGACAAUCAGGCACCCGUUUCCCCUCAUCUGGAAUACCAGCCACAGCUGGAUCCACCACAGGAGGGUCAGCAGUAGCUGGGACACCUGGUGUAGAUUCCCAGCAAACUGCCACACCGUCGGGCGCUGCGAGGACGACUGCUGGCGGAUUCGGAACCGGCCUGCCUCCGGGUCAGACAUCGGAGAGCAGUUCAUCAGUGCCCGGGGGAUCAGAAACAAUUCAACCACCUGGUGUGGUUUCAGAGCCCACCACCCUAUUGCCUGGGGUUACAAGCACCAAGGCCACAGGAUCCGAGGCCAGUUUACCUUCAACUGGAGUGUCAGGGUUGCCUGGCUCCACCCAAGGAGGAUUUGCAGCAACUGGAGGGAGUGGUGCAGGCUCAAAGCCUACUGCCCGGGUAUCAGGAGAAACAAGGGCCAGUGUUGGGUCAGGAACCAGCGUACCUGUAUCUGGAGCAGCAGUGACCCCUGGGUCAUCACCGGGAAGUCCGCAAGCAGCUGGAGCACGUGGUGAAGGUUCAGCGACAGCUUCCCCAUCGUCUGGAGUCACAGGGACAAAUGUUAUCGGAUCAGGAGCCAGCACACCUUUAUCUGGAGCGCCUGUGACCCCUGCGUCAGCCAGUGUAAGCCCAGAAGCCACGGGAAGGCCUCCUGUAAGUUCAGAGUCAACGGUCACACUGUCUGGAGCAACAGGGCCUAGCUUUCUAAGGUCUGGAACCAGUGUACCUUCACCUGGAGGAGCAGUGACCCCUGGGUCAUCCCCAGGAGGGUCAUCAGCACCUGCAAGCCCUGGGGCAGGCUCAGAAACAACUGUCCGAGUCCCUGGAGCAAGCGGGACUGAUGUCACAGCAUCAGGAGCCAGCUUACCCUCAUCUGGAAGACCGGGGAGCCCUGGAUCAUCACCAGGAAGGUCAAGCGCAACUGCAGUAUCUGGUGAAGGGUCUCAGCCCACUGUCCCAUCGUCUGGAGCAACAGGGACUAAUGCCGGACAAUCAGGCACCCGUUUCCCCUCAUCUGGAAUACCAGCCACAGCUGGAUCCACCACAGGAGGGUCAGCAGUAGCUGGGACACCUGGUGUAGAUUCCCAGCAAACUGCCACACCGUCGGGCGCUGCGAGGACGACUGCUGGCGGAUUCGGAACCGGCCUGCCUCCGGGUCAGACAUCGGAGAGCAGUUCAUCAGUGCCCGGGGGAUCAGAAACAAUUCAACCACCUGGUGUGGUUUCAGAGCCCACCACCCUAUUGCCUGGGGUUACAAGCACCAAGGCCACAGGAUCCGAGGCCAGUUUACCUUCAACUGGAGUGUCAGGGUUGCCUGGCUCCACCCAAGGAGGAUUUGCAGCAACUGGAGGGAGUGGUGCAGGCUCAAAGCCUACUGCCCGGGUAUCAGGAGAAACAAGGGCCAGUGUUGGGUCAGGAACCAGCGUACCUGUAUCUGGAGCAGCAGUGACCCCUGGGUCAUCACCGGGAAGUCCGCAAGCAGCUGGAGCACGUGGUGAAGGUUCAGCGACAGCUUCCCCAUCGUCUGGAGCCACAGGGACAAAUGUUAUCGGAUCAGGAGCCAGCACACCUUUAUCUGGAGUGCCUGUGACCCCUGCGUCAGCCAGUGUAAGCCCAGAAGCCACGGGAAGGCCUCCUGUAAGUUCAGAGUCAACGGUCACACUGUCUGGAGCAACAGGGCCUAGCUUUCUAAGGUCUGGAACCAGUGUACCUUCACCUGGAGGAGCAGUGACCCCUGGGUCAUCCCCAGGAGGGUCAUCAGCACCUGCAAGCCCUGGGGCAGGCUCAGAAACAACUGUCCGAGUCCCUGGAGCAAGCGGGACUGAUGUCACAGCAUCAGGAGCCAGCUUACCCUCAUCUGGAGCACCAGGGAGCCCUGGAUCAUCACCAGGAAGGUCAAGCGCAACUGCAGUAUCUGGUGAAGGGUCUCAGCCCACUGUCCCAUUGUCUGGAGCAACAGGGACUAAUGCCGGACAAUCAGGCACCCGUUUCCCCUCAUCUGGAAUACCAGCCACAGCUGGAUCCACCACAGGAGGGUCAGCAGUAGCUGGGACACCUGGUGUAGAUUCCCAGCAAACUGCCACACCGUCGGGCGCUGCGAGGACGACUGCUGGCGGAUUCGGAACCGGCCUGCCUCCGGGUCAGACAUCGGAGAGCAGUUCAUCAGUGCCCGGGGGAUCAGAAACAAUUCAACCACCUGGUGUGGUUUCAGAGCCCACCACCCUAUUGCCUGGGGUUACAAGCACCAAGGCCACAGGAUCCGAGGCCAGUUUACCUUCAACUGGAGUGUCAGGGUUGCCUGGCUCCACCCAAGGAGGAUUUGCAGCAACUGGAGGGAGUGGUGCAGGCUCAAAGCCUACUGCCCCGGUAUCAGGAGAAACAAGGGCCAGUGUUGGGUCAGGAACCAGCGUACCUGUAUCUGGAGCAGCAGUGACCCCUGGGUCAUCACCGGGAAGUCCGCAAGCAGCUGGAGCACGUGGUGAAGGUUCAGCGACAGCUUCCCCAUCGUCUGGAGUCACAGGGACAAAUGUUAUCGGAUCAGGAGCCAGCACACCUUUAUCUGGAGCGCCUGUGACCCCUGCGUCAGCCAGUGUAAGCCCAGAAGCCACGGGAAGGCCUCCUGUAAGUUCAGAGUCAACGGUCACACUGUCUGGAGCAACAGGGCCUAGUUUUCUAAGGUCUGGAACCAGUGUACCUUCACCUGGAGGAGCAGUGACCCCUGGGUCAUCCCCAGGAGGGUCAUCAGCACCUGCAAGCCCUGGGGCAGGCUCAGAAACAACUGUCCGAGUCCCUGGAGCAAGCGGGACUGAUGUCACAGCAUCAGGAGCCAGCUUACCCUCAUCUGGAAGACCGGGGAGCCCUGGAUCAUCACCAGGAAGGUCAAGCGCAACUGCAGUAUCUGGUGAAGGGUCUCAGCCCACUGUCCCAUCGUCUGGAGCAACAGGGACUAAUGCCGGACAAUCAGGCACCCGUUUCCCCUCAUCUGGAAUACCAGCCACAGCUGGAUCCACCACAGGAGGGUCAGCAGUAGCUGGGACACCUGGUGUAGAUUCCCAGCAAACUGCCACACCGUCGGGCGCUGCGAGGACGACUGCUGGCGGAUUCGGAACCGGCCUGCCUCCGGGUCAGACAUCGGAGAGCAGUUCAUCAGUGCCCGGGGGAUCAGAAACAAUUCAACCACCUGGUGUGGUUUCAGAGCCCACCACCCUAUUGCCUGGGGUUACAAGCACCAAGGCCACAGGAUCCGAGGCCAGUUUACCUUCAACUGGAGUGUCAGGGUUGCCUGGCUCCACCCAAGGAGGAUUUGCAGCAACUGGAGGGAGUGGUGCAGGCUCAAAGCCUACUGCCCGGGUAUCAGGAGAAACAAGGGCCAGUGUUGGGUCAGGAACCAGCGUACCUGUAUCUGGAGCAGCAGUGACCGCUGGGUCAUCACCGGGAAGUCCGCAAGCAGCUGGAGCACGUGGUGAAGGUUCAGCGACAGCUUCCCCAUCGUCUGGAGCCACAGGGACAAAUGUUAUCGGAUCAGGAGCCAGCACACCUUUGUCUGGAGCGCCUGUGACCCCUGCGUCAGCCAGUGUAAGCCCAGAAGCCACGGGAAGGCCUCCUGUAAGUUCAGAGUCAACGGUCACACUGUCUGGAGCAACAGGGCCUAGUUUUCUAAGGUCUGGAACCAGUGUACCUUCACCUGGAGGAGCAGUGACCCCUGGGUCAUCCCCAGGAGGGUCAUCAGCACCUGCAAGCCCUGGGGCAGGCUCAGAAACAACUGUCCGAGUCCCUGGAGCAAGCGGGACUGAUGUCACAGCAUCAGGAGCCAGCUUACCCUCAUCUGGAAGACCGGGGAGCCCUGGAUCAUCACCAGGAAGGUCAAGCGCAACUGCAGUAUCUGGUGAAGGGUCUCAGCCCACUGUCCCAUCGUCUGGAGCAACAGGGACUAAUGCCGGACAAUCAGGCACCCGUUUCCCCUCAUCUGGAAUACCAGCCACAGCUGGAUCCACCACAGGAGGGUCAGCAGUAGCUGGGACACCUGGUGUAGAUUCCCAGCAAACUGCCACACCGUCGGGCGCUGCGAGGACGACUGCUGGCGGAUUCGGAACCGGCCUGCCUCCGGGUCAGACAUCGGAGAGCAGUUCAUCAGUGCCCGGGGGAUCAGAAACAAUUCAACCACCUGGUGUGGUUUCAGAGCCCACCACCCUAUUGCCUGGGGUUACAAGCACCAAGGCCACAGGAUCCGAGGCCAGUUUACCUUCAACUGGAGUGUCAGGGUUGCCUGGCUCCACCCAAGGAGGAUUUGCAGCAACUGGAGGGAGUGGUGCAGGCUCAAAGCCUACUGCCCGGGUAUCAGGAGAAACAAGGGCCAGUGUUGGGUCAGGAACCAGCGUACCUGUAUCUGGAGCAGCAGUGACCCCUGGGUCAUCACCGGGAAGUCCGCAAGCAGCUGGAGCACGUGGUGAAGGUUCAGCGACAGCUUCCCCAUCGUCUGGAGCCACAGGGACAAAUGUUAUCGGAUCAGGAGCCAGCACACCUUUGUCUGGAGCGCCUGUGACCCCUGCGUCAGCCAGUGUAAGCCCAGAAGCCACGGGAAGGCCUCCUGUAAGUUCAGAGUCAACGGUCACACUGUCUGGAGCAACAGAGCCUAGCUUUCUAAGGUCUGGAACCAGUGUACCUUCACCUGGAGGAGCAGUGACCCCUGGGUCAUCCCCAGGAGGGUCAUCAGCACCUGCAAGCCCUGGGGCAGGCUCAGAAACAACUGUCCGAGUCCCUGGAGCAAGCGGGACUGAUGUCACAGCAUCAGGAGCCAGCUUACCCUCAUCUGGAAGACCGGGGAGCCCUGGAUCAUCACCAGGAAGGUCAAGCGCAACUGCAGUAUCUGGUGAAGGGUCUCAGCCCACUGUCCCAUCGUCUGGAGCAACAGGGACUAAUGCCGGACAAUCAGGCACCCGUUUCCCCUCAUCUGGAAUACCAGCCACAGCUGGAUCCACCACAGGAGGGUCAGCAGUAGCUGGGACACCUGGUGUAGAUUCCCAGCAAACUGCCACACCGUCGGGCGCUGCGAGGACGACUGCUGGCGGAUUCGGAACCGGCCUGCCUCCGGGUCAGACAUCGGAGAGCAGUUCAUCAGUGCCCGGGGGAUCAGAAACAAUUCAACCACCUGGUGUGGUUUCAGAGCCCACCACCCUAUUGCCUGGGGUUACAAGCACCAAGGCCACAGGAUCCGAGGCCAGUUUACCUUCAACUGGAGUGUCAGGGUUGCCUGGCUCCACCCAAGGAGGAUUUGCAGCAACUGGAGGGAGUGGUGCAGGCUCAAAGCCUACUGCCCGGGUAUCAGGAGAAACAAGGGCCAGUGUUGGGUCAGGAACCAGCGUACCUGUAUCUGGAGCAGCAGUGACCCCUGGGUCAUCACCGGGAAGUCCGCAAGCAGCUGGAGCACGUGGUGAAGGUUCAGCGACAGCUUCCCCAUCGUCUGGAGUCACAGGGACAAAUGUUAUCGGAUCAGGAGCCAGCACACCUUUAUCUGGAGUGCCUGUGACCCCUGCGUCAGCCAGUGUAAGCCCAGAAGCCACGGGAAGGCCUCCUGUAAGUUCAGAGUCAACGGUCACACUGUCUGGAGCAACAGGGCCUAGCUUUCUAAGGUCUGGAACCAGUGUACCUUCACCUGGAGGAGCAGUGACCCCUGGGUCAUCCCCAGGAGGGUCAUCAGCACCUGCAAGCCCUGGGGCAGGCUCAGAAACAACUGUCCGAGUCCCUGGAGCAAGCGGGACUGAUGUCACAGCAUCAGGAGCCAGCUUACCCUCAUCUGGAGCACCAGGGAGCCCUGGAUCAUCACCAGGAAGGUCAAGCGCAACUGCAGUAUCUGGUGAAGGGUCUCAGCCCACUGUCCCAUCGUCUGGAGCAACAGGGACUAAUGCCGGACAAUCAGGCACCCGUUUCCCCUCAUCUGGAAUACCAGCCACAGCUGGAUCCACCACAGGAGGGUCAGCAGUAGCUGGGACACCUGGUGUAGAUUCCCAGCAAACUGCCACACCGUCGGGCGCUGCGAGGACGACUGCUGGCGGAUUCGGAACCGGCCUGCCUCCGGGUCAGACAUCGGAGAGCAGUUCAUCAGUGCCCGGGGGAUCAGAAACAAUUCAACCACCUGGUGUGGUUUCAGAGCCCACCACCCUAUUGCCUGGGGUUACAAGCACCAAGGCCACAGGAUCCGAGGCCAGUUUACCUUCAACUGGAGUGUCAGGGUUGCCUGGCUCCACCCAAGGAGGAUUUGCAGCAACUGGAGGGAGUGGUGCAGGCUCAAAGCCUACUGCCCGGGUAUCAGGAGAAACAAGGGCCAGUGUUGGGUCAGGAACCAGCGUACCUGUAUCUGGAGCAGCAGUGACCGCUGGGUCAUCACCGGGAAGUCCGCAAGCAGCUGGAGCACGUGGUGAAGGUUCAGCGACAGCUUCCCCAUCGUCUGGAGCCACAGGGACAAAUGUUAUCGGAUCAGGAGCCAGCACACCUUUGUCUGGAGCGCCUGUGACCCCUGCGUCAGCCAGUGUAAGCCCAGAAGCCACGGGAAGGCCUCCUGUAAGUUCAGAGUCAACGGUCACACUGUCUGGAGCAACAGGGCCUAGCUUUCUAAGGUCUGGAACCAGUGUACCUUCACCUGGAGGAGCAGUGACCCCUGGGUCAUCCCCAGGAGGGUCAUCAGCACCUGCAAGCCCUGGGGCAGGCUCAGAAACAACUGUCCGAGUCCCUGGAGCAAGCGGGACUGAUGUCACAGCAUCAGGAGCCAGCUUACCCUCAUCUGGAGCACCAGGGAGCCCUGGAUCAUCACCAGGAAGGUCAAGCGCAACUGCAGUAUCUGGUGAAGGGUCUCAGCCCACUGUCCCAUCGUCUGGAGCAACAGGGACUAAUGCCGGACAAUCAGGCACCCGUUUCCCCUCAUCUGGAAUACCAGCCACAGCUGGAUCCACCACAGGAGGGUCAGCAGUAGCUGGGACACCUGGUGUAGAUUCCCAGCAAACUGCCACACCGUCGGGCGCUGCGAGGACGACUGCUGGCGGAUUCGGAACCGGCCUGCCUCCGGGUCAGACAUCGGAGAGCAGUUCAUCAGUGCCCGGGGGAUCAGAAACAAUUCAACCACCUGGUGUGGUUUCAGAGCCCACCACCCUAUUGCCUGGGGUUACAAGCACCAAGGCCACAGGAUCCGAGGCCAGUUUACCUUCAACUGGAGUGUCAGGGUUGCCUGGCUCCACCCAAGGAGGAUUUGCAGCAACUGGAGGGAGUGGUGCAGGCUCAAAGCCUACUGCCCGGGUAUCAGGAGAAACAAGGGCCAGUGUUGGGUCAGGAACCAGCGUACCUGUAUCUGGAGCAGCAGUGACCGCUGGGUCAUCACCGGGAAGUCCGCAAGCAGCUGGAGCACGUGGUGAAGGUUCAGCGACAGCUUCCCCAUCGUCUGGAGCCACAGGGACAAAUGUUAUCGGAUCAGGAGCCAGCACACCUUUGUCUGGAGCGUCUGUGACCCCUGGGUCAGCCAGUGUAAGCCCAGAAGCCACGGGAAGGCCUCCUGUAAGUUCAGAGUCAACGGUCACACUGUCUGGAGCAACAGGGCCUAGUUUUCUAAGGUCUGGAACCAGUGUACCUUCACCUGGAGGAGCAGUGACCCCUGGGUCAUCCCCAGGAGGGUCAUCAGCACCUGCAAGCCCUGGGGCAGGCUCAGAAACAACUGUCCGAGUCCCUGGAGCAAGCGGGACUGAUGUCACAGCAUCAGGAGCCAGCUUACCCUCAUCUGGAGCACCAGGGAGCCCUGGAUCAUCACCAGGAAGGUCAAGCGCAACUGCAGUAUCUGGUGAAGGGUCUCAGCCCACUGUCCCAUCGUCUGGAGCAACAGGGACUAAUGCCGGACAAUCAGGCACCCGUUUCCCCUCAUCUGGAAUACCAGCCACAGCUGGAUCCACCACAGGAGGGUCAGCAGUAGCUGGGACACCUGGUGUAGAUUCCCAGCAAACUGCCACACCGUCGGGCGCUGCGAGGACGACUGCUGGCGGAUUCGGAACCGGCCUGCCUCCGGGUCAGACAUCGGAGAGCAGUUCAUCAGUGCCCGGGGGAUCAGAAACAAUUCAACCACCUGGUGUGGUUUCAGAGCCCACCACCCUAUUGCCUGGGGUUACAAGCACCAAGGCCACAGGAUCCGAGGCCAGUUUACCUUCAACUGGAGUGUCAGGGUUGCCUGGCUCCACCCAAGGAGGAUUUGCAGCAACUGGAGGGAGUGGUGCAGGCUCAAAGCCUACUGCCCGGGUAUCAGGAGAAACAAGGGCCAGUGUUGGGUCAGGAACCAGCGUACCUGUAUCUGGAGCAGCAGUGACCCCUGGGUCAUCACCGGGAAGUCCGCAAGCAGCUGGAGCACGUGGUGAAGGUUCAGCGACAGCUUCCCCAUCGUCUGGAGUCACAGGGACAAAUGUUAUCGGAUCAGGAGCCAGCACACCUUUAUCUGGAGCGCCUGUGACCCCUGCGUCAGCCAGUGUAAGCCCAGAAGCCACGGGAAGGCCUCCUGUAAGUUCAGAGUCAACGGUCACACUGUCUGGAGCAACAGGGCCUAGCUUUCUAAGGUCUGGAACCAGUGUACCUUCACCUGGAGGAGCAGUGACCCCUGGGUCAUCCCCAGGAGGGUCAUCAGCACCUGCAAGCCCUGGGGCAGGCUCAGAAACAACUGUCCGAGUCCCUGGAGCAAGCGGGACUGAUGUCACAGCAUCAGGAGCCAGCUUACCCUCAUCUGGAAGACCGGGGAGCCCUGGAUCAUCACCAGGAAGGUCAAGCGCAACUGCAGUAUCUGGUGAAGGGUCUCAGCCCACUGUCCCAUCGUCUGGAGCAACAGGGACUAAUGCCGGACAAUCAGGCACCCGUUUCCCCUCAUCUGGAAUACCAGCCACAGCUGGAUCCACCACAGGAGGGUCAGCAGUAGCUGGGACACCUGGUGUAGAUUCCCAGCAAACUGCCACACCGUCGGGCGCUGCGAGGACGACUGCUGGCGGAUUCGGAACCGGCCUGCCUCCGGGUCAGACAUCGGAGAGCAGUUCAUCAGUGCCCGGGGGAUCAGAAACAAUUCAACCACCUGGUGUGGUUUCAGAGCCCACCACCCUAUUGCCUGGGGUUACAAGCACCAAGGCCACAGGAUCCGAGGCCAGUUUACCUUCAACUGGAGUGUCAGGGUUGCCUGGCUCCACCCAAGGAGGAUUUGCAGCAACUGGAGGGAGUGGUGCAGGCUCAAAGCCUACUGCCCGGGUAUCAGGAGAAACAAGGGCCAGUGUUGGGUCAGGAACCAGCGUACCUGUAUCUGGAGCAGCAGUGACCCCUGGGUCAUCACCGGGAAGUCCGCAAGCAGCUGGAGCACGUGGUGAAGGUUCAGCGACAGCUUCCCCAUCGUCUGGAGCCACAGGGACAAAUGUUAUCGGAUCAGGAGCCAGCACACCUUUAUCUGGAGUGCCUGUGACCCCUGCGUCAGCCAGUGUAAGCCCAGAAGCCACGGGAAGGCCUCCUGUAAGUUCAGAGUCAACGGUCACACUGUCUGGAGCAACAGGGCCUAGCUUUCUAAGGUCUGGAACCAGUGUACCUUCACCUGGAGGAGCAGUGACCCCUGGGUCAUCCCCAGGAGGGUCAUCAGCACCUGCAAGCCCUGGGGCAGGCUCAGAAACAACUGUCCGAGUCCCUGGAGCAAGCGGGACUGAUGUCACAGCAUCAGGAGCCAGCUUACCCUCAUCUGGAGCACCAGGGAGCCCUGGAUCAUCACCAGGAAGGUCAAGCGCAACUGCAGUAUCUGGUGAAGGGUCUCAGCCCACUGUCCCAUUGUCUGGAGCAACAGGGACUAAUGCCGGACAAUCAGGCACCCGUUUCCCCUCAUCUGGAAUACCAGCCACAGCUGGAUCCACCACAGGAGGGUCAGCAGUAGCUGGGACACCUGGUGUAGAUUCCCAGCAAACUGCCACACCGUCGGGCGCUGCGAGGACGACUGCUGGCGGAUUCGGAACCGGCCUGCCUCCGGGUCAGACAUCGGAGAGCAGUUCAUCAGUGCCCGGGGGAUCAGAAACAAUUCAACCACCUGGUGUGGUUGCAGAGCCCACCACCCUAUUGCCUGGGGUUACAAGCACCAAGGCCACAGGAUCCGAGGCCAGUUUACCUUCAUCUGGAGUGUCAGGGUUGCCUGGCUCCACCCAAGGAGGAUUUGCAGCAACUGGAGGGAGUGGUGCAGGCUCAAAGCCUACUGCCCGGGUAUCAGGAGAAACAAGGGCCAGUGUUGGGUCAGGAACCAGCGUACCUGUAUCUGGAGCAGCAGUGACCCCUGGGUCAUCACCGGGAAGUCCGCAAGCAGCUGGAGCACGUGGUGAAGGUUCAGCGACAGCUUCCCCAUCGUCUGGAGCCACAGGGACAAAUGUUAUCGGAUCAGGAGCCAGCACACCUUUAUCUGGAGCGCCUGUGACCCCUGCGUCAGCCAGUGUAAGCCCAGAAGCCACGGGAAGGCCUCCUGUAAGUUCAGAGUCAACGGUCACACUGUCUGGAGCAACAGGGCCUAGUUUUCUAAGGUCUGGAACCAGUGUACCUUCACCUGGAGGAGCAGUGACCCCUGGGUCAUCCCCAGGAGGGUCAUCAGCACCUGCAAGCCCUGGGGCAGGCUCAGAAACAACUGUCCGAGUCCCUGGAGCAAGCGGGACUGAUGUCACAGCAUCAGGAGCCAGCUUACCCUCAUCUGGAGCACCAGGGAGCCCUGGAUCAUCACCAGGAAGGUCAAGCGCAACUGCAGUAUCUGGUGAAGGGUCUCAGCCCACUGUCCCAUCGUCUGGAGCAACAGGGACUAAUGCCGGACAAUCAGGCACCCGUUUCCCCUCAUCUGGAAUACCAGCCACAGCUGGAUCCACCACAGGAGGGUCAGCAGUAGCUGGGACACCUGGUGUAGAUUCCCAGCAAACUGCCACACCGUCGGGCGCUGCGAGGACGACUGCUGGCGGAUUCGGAACCGGCCUGCCUCCGGGUCAGACAUCGGAGAGCAGUUCAUCAGUGCCCGGGGGAUCAGAAACAAUUCAACCACCUGGUGUGGUUUCAGAGCCCACCACCCUAUUGCCUGGGGUUACAAGCACCAAGGCCACAGGAUCCGAGGCCAGUUUACCUUCAACUGGAGUGUCAGGGUUGCCUGGCUCCACCCAAGGAGGAUUUGCAGCAACUGGAGGGAGUGGUGCAGGCUCAAAGCCUACUGCCCGGGUAUCAGGAGAAACAAGGGCCAGUGUUGGGUCAGGAACCAGCGUACCUGUAUCUGGAGCAGCAGUGACCGCUGGGUCAUCACCGGGAAGUCCGCAAGCAGCUGGAGCACGUGGUGAAGGUUCAGCGACAGCUUCCCCAUCGUCUGGAGCCACAGGGACAAAUGUUAUCGGAUCAGGAGCCAGCACACCUUUAUCUGGAGCGCCUGUGACCCCUGCGUCAGCCAGUGUAAGCCCAGAAGCCACGGGAAGGCCUCCUGUAAGUUCAGAGUCAACGGUCACACUGUCUGGAGCAACAGGGCCUAGUUUUCUAAGGUCUGGAACCAGUGUACCUUCACCUGGAGGAGCAGUGACCCCUGGGUCAUCCCCAGGAGGGUCAUCAGCACCUGCAAGCCCUGGGGCAGGCUCAGAAACAACUGUCCGAGUCCCUGGAGCAAGCGGGACUGAUGUCACAGCAUCAGGAGCCAGCUUACCCUCAUCUGGAGCACCAGGGAGCCCUGGAUCAUCACCAGGAAGGUCAAGCGCAACUGCAGUAUCUGGUGAAGGGUCUCAGCCCACUGUCCCAUCGUCUGGAGCCACAGGGACAAAUGUUAUCGGAUCAGGAGCCAGCACACCUUUAUCUGGAGUGCCUGUGACCCCUGCGUCAGCCAGUGUAAGCCCAGAAGCCACGGGAAGGCCUCCUGAGGGUCAUCAGCACCUGCAAGCCCUGGGGCAGGCUCAGAAACAACUGUCCGAGUCCCUGGAGCAAGCGGGACUGAUGUCACAGCAUCAGGAGCCAGCUUACCCUCAUCUGGAGCACCAGGGAGCCCUGGAUCAUCACCAGGAAGGUCAAGCGCAACUGCAGUAUCUGGUGAAGGGUCUCAGCCCACUGUCCCAUCGUCUGGAGCAACAGGGACUAAUGCCGGACAAUCAGGCACCCGUUUCCCCUCAUCUGGAAUACCAGCCACAGCUGGAUCCACCACAGGAGGGUCAGCAGUAG